GUUUCUUAUUUCCAUAUUUAUUAUUUCUAGUAGCUUGUCGUAUCACAUUGUUUUAGGUACAUAUGUGUACUAACAAUAAUAAAUGACCUUCGCUGCUUACGUAAUAACAUUUUAUCAGAUAACUUUUCGGAUGUAUAGCUUUACGGAAUUUAGAUAAAAUGGAAAAAUAAACACCUGCAGUAGUCAAUAACAGCAAAAAUGUGUAGGAUUCGAUUACGGUUUCUUAGCAACUCAAUCCCAAGUUGAUACAAACAAAAACAGUUGUUUAUCGUUUUCCAGACAUAAAUGUCCAACAAUCUUAUAACAAUCAGAAUAUUAAAAAUAAUCUUGAUUGUGUUUACUCAAAUAUUCAAUUAUGGAUUGGAAGGAAACUGUGACGUCAGUGUCUGAUAAAGUAUUUCCAGGCCUUUCGCGUAAAAUCGAUAAUGGGGUUUAUGGUAACGAAGUUAUGUCAAAUUUACCGCUGCAGAUGUCGCUUUAUUUCAACGUGAUUUUUGCGCCAUUUUGGAUGGCUGUUCUUGUACUCUAUUUGAGGAAUACUUAUCUCUGUUUUAGCGAACUGUACAAAUUUAUUAUAAUAACUGUAAUUUCGACGGUUUUUCUUUUAGAAUUGUUGAGACUUUAUCUGGGGUAUAAGGGAAAUCUUGAGGAUAAAAUUCCUGAGUUGGCGGGAUUUUGGAUGUUGUCCUUACUGCUCCAGUUUCCUCUACAAGGUCUUCUGUUAUUCAAUCCAAACUUCAAAUUACAUGUUGUAGAAAUAAUAGUGCAAAGUAUCAUGUUUGUAAUGUUAUGUAUUCAGUUGAUAUCAAGCUAUUGUGCUUUGAAAUUUACAGCAGCCCAACAAGCAAUUUAUUUUCGCAUUAUGAAAUUAAGAUCAGAUGUGACAAUUGCAGAUGUACAAGAACGUUACAGAAUGAAUAAAAAAUAAAUCUUUAAGUAUA